AUGUCCAAGCUCGGUGCUCUCUUCGCCCUGAGCUGCCUGCUGGCCUUGGCCUUGGCCGAGCCACGCCUUCAGCAGCGCCAGCUCCUCCGCCAUCAGCAGCAGCAGCAGCAGCAGCAGCUCCAGCAGCAGCACCCGUAUCUCUUCCUGUCCAUACCCAGGGGUCUACCCAAUGCUGGUGCCGUUGUCCAAGGCUUUGAGAUUGUUGAGGAGGCCGAUGAUGAUGACGACGACGAUGUGGCGCAGCCUGUCCAUCCUCAGGAUGAUGAUGAUAAUGAUGAUGACAAUGGUGAGGAGCUCAACGACGAUGAUGAGGAUGAGCUGGAGCACCAGCUGGGCCUCAACUUUGCCCGCCACGGCCAGUUGGUUCUGCUUAACAACCAGAACAAGAACCACUUCCAGGAGGACGAGGAUAUCGAGGAUGAUGAUGAUGAGGACGAUGAGCCACCCACCCAAAUGGUGAUCCCCAGGGAUCAGGCUGGUGCCAUCAUGGUGCCCGACGGCAUCAUUGAGAUCGAGGGCCAGAGCGUCGUCGAUGAGAAAACUGGCAAGGCUGCCCUUCUCGUACCCCGUGCCGCUCUUGAUGCCAUUCCCGACGGCGCCGUCGUCGCCCUCAUGGAGCGCUCGGCCUCCGCCGCCGACUCCGAUGCCGUUGAGGAGGAGCGCGCCAACCGCGUCGUUGUCCGCCGCCGCAAGAAUAACGGCCGUCGCAAUAUUCGCCGUCGCGGCUCAAACGGACGUCGCCGUCGUCGUCGUGGUGGUGCCUCCGGCAACAGGAGACGCCGCGUCGGUGGCAACCGUCGGCGCAACGUACGCGUAAUCCGACCCACCAGCAACCGGCAACGCGGCCAGCGACGCCGCGGGGGUCAAGUCGUCCUGCAGGGCUAA